ACUUUCAAAUAAAAAAUUCUUAGAUCAAGCAUGUAAAUUAAAGAAAUAAAAAAUUCAUUAGCCUUUCGACGAUUUGCUUCCAGAACUGAGGGGAAAGGUGUCCUUUCAAAAUGUGCAAUAAGGAUUGUUGCGCCCUCAAGACUGCGCUGCAGAUACGACGAAUGAAAAUUUUGAUCGAACAGCGACGGCAGGAAGAAGCCAAUGCCAAGCCCAAAGAUAUUAUCGUAACGCCCGACAGCCUGAUCUAUAGUUAUGACGAUAUUGAACAGAUGGCCAAAUAUAUAAUUAGCCGAACCGAGAUAAGACCCAAAUUUGGCAUAGUGUGUGGAUCUAAUUUGGAUACGUUAGCCGAAUUGAUUGACAAUCCGAUUGUCAUAGACUAUACGGAUAUACCGAAAUUUCCGGAAUACACGGCACAAGGCCUCAACAGCAACAAACUGUUUGUGGGCAGGUUAAAUGGGGCGACAGUGAUUGCCCUGCAGGGACGCUUGCAUCACUACGAGGGCAAUCCCCUGGGCAGCUGCUCGAUGCCGGUGCGAGUGCUAAAGCUGUGCGGUAUCGAAUAUUUGUUUCUCACCUGUACAGCAGGUGCGGUCAAUAAGAACUAUAGAGUUGGCGAUAUAGUGCUCGUUAAGGAUCACAUCAAUUUGUUGGGCUGGUUCGGCAAUAAUCCACUUAAAGGACCCAACGAUUUGCGCUUCGGCGACCGGCACGUCAAUAUGGCUAAUGCGUAUGAUGUGGACCUGAUCGAGAAGGCGCUGGAAAUUGGCCUAGAGAUCGGUCAGGAGGAUCGCAUACAUCCGGGUGUCUAUGCUUGCCUGGGUGGCCCCGUAUACGAGACUUUGACCGAACAUAAAUUUCUGCGAAACAUUGGCGUCGAUGCCGUCGGCAUGUCGCUCGUUCAGGAGGUAAUUUACGCGCGUCAUUGCGGCCUGAAGGUGUUCUCAUUUAGUCUGAUCAGUAUGCCAGCCAUUGAGCAUCCGGAUGUUCCCGAAAAUGUUCGUGAUAUGGCGAUACACCAAGGAACAAUUGUCGGCGCGGAGCUACUUUCGCGCAUGCUAUACAAAAUACAUAACAACUUGUGACCAAAGCGACAAAUUAAAAAACAUACAACAAAUUA